AUGUUGUCCUCGACAAUCUCCACCGCCAUCUUGGCCCUCUCAAUCUUUGCGUCCACCGUCACCGGUGCACCAUGGAAAUCACCUUAUGGAGGACAGCCUAAACCUCGUUCCCCGGCUCUCUCAAAACUCCAGCUCAAGAUGCCGGCAACCACGCUUCCACCACCAACGGGCCUGCAGCUCAAGUUCGUCGGACUCGGUAUUGGCACUCAGAACUACACUUGCGACAAUGACACGGCCCCAGUCGGCACUACCGGCGCACUUGCAACGCUGUACGAUUUGGGAACUCGUCUCAACGACGACCCAAUGGCCCAAUGGAAGUUGGCCUCUAUCUCCGGACUUGCGCUUUCACUCUCAUCAAAUACGAAACUGCUCGACGGUUAUCUCCAGAUGUCAGGAUAUAGCAAAGUCCUUGGCAACCACUUCUUCACAGUCAAGAUACCGACGUUCUCUCUGAGCAAAGUUCAGUCAACGCCUUUCCCGCUCGUGUUUGGAAAGAAGAACGGCACCAUGGACGCACCCUCAACUUCCUGCCCAGGCACCAAAGGCGAAGGCGCGGUCCCUUGGCUCCAACUCGUUGACAACGGCGGCAGCCAAGGCGGAGUCAACACUGUCUACAGACUGGAGACUGCCGGAGGCAAGAGCCCAGCAGCCUGUACUGGCCAAAAGAAGACCUUCGAGGUCCCCUAUGCUGCUCAAUACUGGGUCUUCGGUCCCGCAUCAUAG